GGACGUACCACUUACGUUGAAUAUAGAACCUGGGUAAGAGACCAUUACAGAAAGACGAUGAGGAUGAAGGGUUGCGAGAGGAUCAUGGUCACAGUUUGCUCAUCAACAUGGUCAAAAAAGAGCCCAUAUCAAAGAAGCAUAGGCAACAUUCGACAUCAAUUCUGUAGUCGAGCUCCUCCGCGAACGGCGCGUCCCGAGUCGAUGGAAGAGGCGGGCCCAUCGCUGACCCGGCACGCCCGCGCGGAGCUCCGAAAACUUGUGCCCCUGCCGUUCUCCUGGCCCUCUCCACAGCGGAGGAAAUGGAUCACCGAGGCAUGGAGCAGGUCCCGGGCCACGACGACGAGUUCAACGUCGAGGAAGGGGCGGCGGCGCCGCUGGGCGAGGCCCGCCCUCCCCAGCAGGGGCGGCUCAGGGCUGGUCUCGUGGCGGCCGUGGCGGUCCUCCUCCUCGCCAGCCUCGUGCUGGCCAGCCAGGUGUCCCCCUGGCAACGCGCGGCAGCAGCACAUGCCGAUCGCCCCCAGCGGCAGGGUCAGAAGCAGACAAGGAGGUUUCACUCCUUGCUGGAGAACAAUAACGCUAACACGGAAGAUCUGGGGACCCUCUGCACGGCAGAAAUCAAGGAGGGAGACACCGAGCUUUCCGUGCAGAAUACGGACGUCUUUCAGGUGGGAAGCCACAUCGUCAUCAUCGACACUGACGACAGCAGCGCCGAGAACGAGGAAGCGACAGUGAAGAGCGUUGGAGAUGGCAAGAUAACGCUCGAACAACCAGUGAGCAAGACCCUUCCGAGCUUCAGCUUCAUCGUCGUGCCAGCUAAACCUGACUCCUACGGGACCUCCGGUGGCGGUUACAGCUUCUCGACGCCGGCGCCGCCAACGCCGGCGCCGCCAACGCCAGCGCCGCCAACGCCGGCGCCAGCGCCACCGGCAACGCCAGCGCCGCCGCCACCGCCGACGACGGCGGCGCCGACGCCGGCGCCGGCCCCCGCGGACGCCGUCGCACAAACAAAGAGUGCGGGCGACGCUGGUGACGGAAGCACCCCCAGUGCGGGCGGCGCUGGUGACGGAAGCACCGCCAGUGCGGGCGGCGCUGGUGACGGAAGCACCGCCAGUGCGGGCGGCGCUGGUGACGGAAGCACCGCCAGUGCGGGCGGCGAUGGCGGUGCGGGCGGCGAUGGCGGUGCGGGCGGCGAUGGUGAG